AUGGAACCCCUCUCCCUUUUUCUCCAUCACAAACAUUCGAAGGAUACCGCCAUCACCGAAGCAAUCACCUUCCUCUCACAUCUUAUCCGCCAAACUCCUUCCUCCGGGCUCAUCCCAAUUCGUUCAUCCUUCUUCACGUUGGAGGGAGGCAUGAAGUUGGGUGAUGGUCUCGAGGUCUUGAGUGGGAUUUUCCAGAGUGCGAGACCGGCGUUUGGGAGGAUGGGGUUGAAUGUUGAUGCGGUUAUGACUGCAUUCUUGGAGGGACAUUUGAAUGUGUUGGAGUAUGCCAAGUUGGUGCUCAAUGCGCGCCGCACUGAAGACGUUUCCCCUGGUACGAUGAAGGGGGUCGCGUUGAAGAGAGCAAUGAAGAUCCUUAAUAGGUUUGUGAGGGGGUUGGUGGUGUACGUCAAACACCGUGGUCCGUCAAAGGAGGAACAAGGACAGAUGUUGAAGAGGGUCGUCGAACGUGACGCGACCAAGCUCAUCUUCGAUCAAUCCGGCCGCGACGGAUCAACGGUUAAAGUAAGUGUCACGAAGUAUAUGUUGGAGACCUACAACGUCCGCCUCCAACACCCCACCGCAUUCGUCGCAGAGACGAUGAGCGGAGCACACCUCCCCCUCGAACUCGCGUUCAUCUUCCCCGGGCAGAAAUUCAAGGGACAACUCAGCCCCCGUCAGUUGCAGGCGAUGAUCAAGAUCGCGUGUACACGUCCCAACGAGCGAUUUGGCGCUAUUCGACGCAAUGUGGAGAGGUUGGAUUGGAGUGGUGACAUGUACCUCAAGCACUACGGUAUGACGGUCUCCAAGACCAUGGUAACAUGUGACGCCCGUCUCCUCCCCCCGCCGAAAAUCGUCUAUGGAAGAGGUAAAGGGAAUGAAGUCGUCCCGAGGGGUGGACAAUGGAAUUUGAGGGAUAAGAAACUCAUCGAACCGAAGCCUAUCAUUGGAAUGGGGAUGUUGAUCAUGGAGAGUCCCAGGGUUUUGCCAGCUGCAGUUGGAAUGAAUUGGUUAAAGUGCUUACAAACCACGGCCAGGAAUUUGGGGAUGGGAAUACAGACACAGCAGCCGCCUGUGAUGCACGCUGACAUGGGCGAUGUCGAACGCGAUGUGGAGAGGUUGUGGCGCGCGACGGGGAACGCGGUCAACAGCAAACCGACUUUGUUGAUUUUUGUGGUACCGAGUCCUGGGCAGGAGGUGUAUCUCGCUAUCAAGCAUGUCUGUGAUUUGAAGUUUGGGGUUGCGAGUCAGGUGGUUGUUAUGAAACACGUGCAGCGCCCGUCUGACCAAUACUGCGCUAAUCUUCUCAUGAAGAUUAAUGUCAAGUUGGGAGGGGUCAAUGUUGUCUUGAGUCCUGAUCCGAAGAAUGUGUUGCAAUCGGCGAAGGAGACGACGCUUUUGCUCGGUGCGGAUGUUUCGCAUCCGCCUCCCGGGAGUGGCGGGGUAUCGUUGGCGAGUUUGGUUGGUUCGACGAAUGUUGAGGGAACGAAGUACGCUGCUGUUGCUCGUGCCCAAGAGGGGAGGUUGGAGAUGAUUGCGGAUAUGCAGGAGAUGACGAUGCAACUCCUUCGUUCGUUCUACAAAGGUACGCACAAAAAACCGACCAGGAUUAUCUAUUUCAGGGAUGGUGUGAGUGAGGGGCAGUUCAGGCAAUGUCUCGAUAUCGAGCUCGCCGCGAUCAAGCAAGCGUGUGAAAUCCUGGAGCAUGGGUAUUCGCCCAAGAUUACGGUGGUGAUUGCGCAGAAGCGCCAUAACACUCGGUUCCAGCCGGCGACUCCGCAGGGCGGUGAUCAGCACGGGAAUGUCAUCCCCGGAACCUGCGUCGACAACGGCGUCACCCACCCCUCCGAAUUCGAUUUCUACCUUCACGUCAUCCACGACGAAAACAACUUCCGCGCCGCCGAUUUCCAGAAAUUGGUUCAUGACUUGUGUUAUGUCUACGCACGCUCUACGACAAGUGUUAGUUUGGUGCCGGUAACGUACUAUGCGCAUAUUGUAGGUAAUAGGGUCAAAGCGCAUCUGAACGCGGAUUUGUUGUUGGGAUUGGGGAGUGAGACGGCCACGGAGGUUAGUGGGCACGGUGAGAGGGAGGAUGCGAGGGUACCGGAGUUGCCGCAGGUUGAAGAGAAGUUGAGGGGUGUUAUGUGGUUUAUGUGA